GAGUAUUCGAGCUGCUUUCAGGAAGUGUAGAUAUGUGGGCACAUACAUACAUACACUACACUACUCGCCAGCAUACUGUUUACGCGAUUUCGCAUCGCAAUACAAACGAAUAUACUGGCAAAUGAUUACACACAGUUUUAUCAAAUCUGAAAUCAAACUCGUCAUUACGCUUUUUUUUAUACUUGUAAGUGCACGUUUUGCAGAAAUUUCGGUAUGUAUAUAUUUUUUAGCUCAUUGCAGCCACAAACCAUUUGGCUUUUGAUUAAAAUACUUGCCGGAUUUCUGCACAGAAAAAUUCUCUAUUAAUUGUUGGUUUUGCGCAGGCGCUAUCCCAUGGUGCUACCAGUUUGUUAUUGUCUGCUAACUGUGUACUUGUAGUGAGAGCCUUGUUAAUAGAACAGUGGUAUAUUUUCUACAGUCUUACAAGAAAAAUAUAUUUUCUUUGAAUUUAAUUUAUAGAUUGCUCACUCGCAGUGUUUUUGCCUCUGUAAUUUCCUCUGUUAGUGGCAGUUGCUACUCCUACUUUUCACGAUACUGAAAUCGAAUUGAGUUUGAUAUAAGCAGUAAAGGCUUUACCUGCUGUUUAUUUUUUCUUCAGACAUUUCUUUAUCGCCGGAGACAUUAUUUUUUUCGACCACUAUUUUGGAUGGGCGAUCACCGUAGAUGAAUGAGUUGAUGCGUGAUUACCAUUCGGUAGUGACCGAGUUCGAAUCUCCAGCCAUGAAACACCAAAUAGUAGAAACGCUUUUUCAAAGAGCAGUCGUCCGUCAGUAGCUGAUGGCAAUUCUUCUAGUGUAUUUCUGCCGUCAAAAAAGCUCCUCAUAAGAAACCAUCUGCCGUUUUUAGUCGGAAUAACCUUUAAGUCAUCAUCAUCGUCAUCACCAGCAUCAAAAUGCGCACCACAAUUAAGAGGAGGAGCUCGACCAUGCUGCCAAUUCUAUAUACAAUGCCAGCGUCAAAAGAAAGUCUGUUUUGAAUUUCAAUUACUUUUUUUGUAAAACCACAGUUUAUACUACAACAAAAGCCGAAACACACAAAAUUUCAAACUUUGUACAAAAUUUAUACAACAAUUUUCAACACAAUUUCAAAUUUUUCAAUCAGAAUUUCUGGAAAAAUUUGAAGUAUGCAGUUUUGUAGUUCAUUGUAUUUUGUUUUCGUAAAGCGCAAGUUUCAAUUGGACUCAAAAAGUACGUUGAUUUGCUGCAAUUUUUUCUGCUCACGGUGUUCAGGGUUUUUUAAUUUUUUUUAAGUUGAGUGUUAAUUAAUCUAAGACAAAUAAAAAAAUCAAGGUUUAAUUAUUUGUUGUAAUUAUGGCAGCGUCACUCUCUGGGGUCAUCUGAGCACCCCGCUUGGUAUGGUAAGGAUUAAGUCGUUUUCCUUACACGAUUAGUUUGUUACUUUUGGCCCUCGAGGUAUAAGAUAACUAACUAUCUUGUCGCUAUGAGUAGGUUUAGUGAGUGUAUUGAUCCUGAGAGCGAUGUCGGCGGUAGCCUAACUACUGUUAGGGCCUCCUAAACCGAUAAGAUCGAUGGGUGCUCACCACCAAAGCUGAAAACAUCCCAAAUAAAAGCGUCUGACCACAGGUUAGUGCCGAUUACAGAGGGCGUCCGCCUGGCAGCAAGCGGCUCGCGAAAACUACUAGUGUAUGUCCAUAUGUCUGACCGCCAUUGCAGCAGUGAAUUGAAGAUAGCAGCCCUACCAUUGAACUAGAAAACCUGUACUAAUCUUCCCUUUUUACGAAGGAAAUUGACUACAGAAACCAAAUUGGCCCUAGACGCCUCACUGAGUUAAAGGAAAUUAUAUAUUUACUUUAACACAACCUAAGUACCUUUAGUCGAUACUCAACUUUCUUCUAUCAGCGCAAGUUUUAUUUGAAACAAAUUUGGCCGAUCUGUUUUACUGCAAGAAAUAUCAUAACGUAGACGUAAGCUGUUUUAUUGCUGCAGCCAAAAUGCCCGGGGAGCUCAACAUAAUGUUGGUUAAGUAGCAAGUAAGAGAGGCCUCAUAGUGAGUUGCGGGAAAAUAUGUACAGUAACAGAUAAAACAUACAUUUCGCAGCAAAAAGCAAAGCGUGCUUCCUUAAGACACUUUUAGACCCAGAGAAGAACUCUAUUAACGCAACACAGCUUCACUACCGCACCCACGCCCUCACUAACCAACGAAAGUGGUCAGAGCAGAGACGUUAAUCAAUGAAAUAGAGCAAAGGAUGAGCGUUUAAGCGUUUCGCUAGGCAACCAACAUUUACAUUUACAGGUACUAGCUAGAAAGCUGAUGACGAGCGAACCACUCGAUUCUUGUCACAUGGUUGUGAGCGAGUAUACACUAGUAGAAUACACUACGAUAUGGAAUGGCGCGCGCUGCCGCAAGCUGACCUGAUGUAGUCGGUCAGUUGUUAGACUUGGCUAGCUUUUUCGUUGGCUACUCGACGUUGUAUUGCCCCAUCAAGACUAACAACAAUAGCAUUAACUUAAAUACUGUUAGUAUUAAGUAUAUGCGCAUUGUUUGAGCAUUCGGGCUCUCGAGCUCUAGAGCUCUCGCUAUUACAACAAACAGGCAAGCCAAGCGAAACGCUAGCGUGUACAUGCUUACCAAUUGCUCCCUCCCUCAUAUAAUUUUGCAUGCAAAAGAGACGAGGCGAGCCGCCGUCUCAUGGUCGUCAUAGUCGUCGUUGGUGUCGUGCCACAGUGUUCCUCAAUGAAAACACAUCAGCGUGCAGCCAUUUUGGCUGCACAAAAUCACCAAAACGAACGAAACAAAUAGCGAGAAGAAUAGCGAGAGUAAGGUUAUUGUGUAGCAGAGAGGUGAAAAAUAUAUACAUAUAAAAUAUAACAAAAAAGUAAAGAAAAUUUUGCGGCAGCAAGCAGAAAAGUGACAGCGCUGCAAAGCGAAUUCUACUUUGGCCACCACUACGACUCUCAACCUCUACGCUGAGAAGCUACGCUCGUUGCUCGGCCUGUCAAUAUACACUUUGGCUUCAUACUAUCCACCAACAACCAACAACCAAAAUACACAAAUUUAUUAAUAUUACAAGCAAAGUAUUGCAAAUAAAAUUAAAUUGUAGAAAAUUUAAAAGAGGAAUUAUAUUUAAUUUAUACAAUAAAUAACCGCGCUUUUUUCUCGUAUACCCAAAGCCAGAAACACCGUUGAAAUCAAUAAAAUACGCAAACCGUCAAACAAAUUACGAAAUAAGCGCUUGUAAACGUGUAAAACAAAGCAAAAUCUACGCGGCAUUGAAAACGCAAAACGAGAUACAAAAAUAUAAAUGAAAAUUGUGUAAAAGUAGAAAAUUUUAGUGCUGCGUGAAAAAAGAAAGGCAGCGAGAUAUUCAUAAAAGCAAUAACAAGUAGGAAGUAAAAAAAACACAAAAAACAGCAAAUACGCACGAAACGCACGAAAGAAAUACAAAUUCACGGGCGAGUUGCAAAAAAGAUAAUAAAAAAGCUACUGCGAGUCAAAAAUCAGAGUACAAAAAAAUAUAAAACAGCAACCAUUUUGUUGUUAAGCAACAAAAAAGUGUAGAAAUUAAAAAGGUAAAAGGGGGAGAGUGCCGCAAAAAAAAGAUACAUAAAAGAAAGGAAACAGAGUUCUAAAAAAUUACAAGUAAAAAAGCUUCGGGGAAGUAAAUCGUGAAGAAAAAUUAGCUUAAAGUAAAAAAAAGUUAAGCACUAAAAAAGAUACCGUAAAAAGUGAUAAUAAAAGCAGAAGUUUGUUAAACGGAAAACACAGGCUCAGCAAAAGCUUUAGAAGCUGCCAGUAAAGCAUAAAAUUUUUGAAAAUAUUCAUGUAUGUGUGCUUGUAAAAAACCAAAAAAAAAAAAAUCGAAAUCAACUAAAAACUAAAAAGAAAGAGUUCUGAAAUAACGGCAAACAGACUGAGAAAAUUAGUUACCCGUCUAGCAGUAAAAUUCACGCUACGUGUAAAUUCAGCGUUACAUUGCACAUUUAGUUAACGUAAAACGUGCGCAGAAAAAUCAGGCGAAGCUAAAAUAAAUGAAAACCUCAAAAAUAGCUUUUACAAAAAAUAGAAGAAUUUAAAAAAUCGAAAAAAGAAAAAAGUUGAACCAACGAUAAUUGCAACGCGACAAACAAAUCAGUUAUUAUUUAUAUAUAAAAAAGAACACACACCAACUUGCUUGUCGCGCUGCCCCGUCCCGUCGUUCCAUCUAUAACGUGCUAAACCAUAGGAAACCCCAUCUAAUAAUUUCGCUACCCCUACCGCCUUUGAAGCGCCCACACUAGAGGCAAGCGUUUGCUUUCUGAGUACCGCUAGCUGGCAAACGAAGUUGCUUCGUCUUCACUUUAGUGUAUUUGUUGGUUUUUCUGCGUGCCAGUUAGUCUAAUUGCACGCACGUCUAACAGACUGUACAAAACGAGCACCGCACAACACACACUGGUCGGCUGGUAAUAGAGUGCCUUCCUGGUGUACACACUCGCUUCGCCGCGUGCGCUCAAGCGGUAGGGUUUACAGCUGCUGGAUUCCUAAGCGAUCAGCCAAUCAAGCCAACCAUUUAGUGCCUCCUACAACUACCGCGGCUGACUGACUGAUUGACAGACUACGUAUUGGUGGCUGUCGCAGCUCGCGUUCUCUUGUUCAACCGCGUCCUUGUGCAAUCAGCAAUUUGUCUUUACGUCAGUUUUGUAUAUUGUCGCUUCGUACUACAUCGCACAGCACUAGCAUAUUUCGUUAGCGAUAAUCGCCUAUCACACUAUCGUCGCGUUAACGCCAAACUUUUUUUAUUUUCUCUAAAAUAUUGCGAAAAUCUGAGUUCCCUUAACGUGCAUUACUUCGCCUAUUUUCCCGCCGUCGUCUUUCUCGUAUUUUAUUGUCAAGUAAAAACAACAUUUAUGGAAAACAAAAGCAACCUAGAAAUUGCAUUCAAUAACGGGAAUAUUUUUAUUAAAAGUUAAAUUAAGACUGAAGCUGAAAUUGCAAAAGCUGUGAACAAAUAUAGAAAAAAACGAAGAGCAGAAAAAAGAAAGAGUACCUUUGAAAAUUUAAUUAAAAAAUAAAAAAAAACAAAGUUUGUCUUGCUUUUUUAACACUUACACGCACAUACGUGCGAGCCGAAACACGCACACAUGCACGCCUUAAUAAUGUUGCUGCACAAUGUCCUCACCGAUGGGCGACGACACCACAACUAAAUCGGCGCCAAGCACGCAACGACCGCAAAUCACUACAACAACAAACACUUACCAACAACAUGCGAGCAUGAACACUUCCGCAGCCACUGUUGUUAUUGCAGCAGCCACAGCCGCCACUGCAACCACAGUAACACCAACACAACACACUAGCCACAGUCAUCAUCAUCAUCACCACCAACAACAACAACAACACUGCACGGCAACAGCUGUUGUCGAUGGAAAUGUGGCUGUGUAUGCAGCUGCGUCGACGGUGUCUACUGUGCAACAGCCACCACACCAACAGUCGCAACAGCCACAACAUUUGCCAUUGCUACAGCGGCCUACAGCGCAUGCUAGCAGCAGCAAUCCCUCGAGCAGCAGUCAUUAUGUUUGCUAUUUGCCCGUUUUAAAGCCCGAUGUUGUGCUCAGCGAUCGCGGCCUAUUUACUGUUUAUUGUUUUGUCAGAGAUUUUGUUAGGUAA